AUGAGGCAUCUUGAUUCCUAUCUCUUGCAAGUGUUAAUCUUUGUAUCCUUGAUGUCUUAGUUUUGACUUGACUCUAGGAUGUCUAGGAUGACUUGAUUGUAAAUCUACUUAGCCCCCAUAGGCUACGAGAAUUUAUAAGGCAUCCAUGCACUUGUUCAUUCAUGAUCCAUAUAUCCAUUGGAUGCUUAUCCGUCUUGAUAGAAUUCAAAGUUUUGUUGUACUUGUCUUUAAAUCCAUGCCAUUCUUUACUAACUCGUUUUGUGUUGGGUUCAAAGCGUAACCCCACAAUUGUUCUUUUGUGGCUUUGGCAGGAUUUAUUUUUAUUCCUUGUGCUUCCCAUGUCACCCCAGCCCCUUGUAGCCUAUUUCAUGAUAAAUCUUGUUAAGUAGUUAGUGUUCUGCUUUUAUGAUUUGUUGUGAUUUGAUAUCAGAGUGGCGCAACGGAAGCGUAAUAGGCCGUGUUUUGUUCAUAGAAAGUGAGUGAGGCAUUUGUUUUGUCUUGGAUUGUGUGAAGCCAUUCACCACUUGAUAUGGUCCUCAAUUUGAGUUUUGGGGACAAAACUCCUUUUUAGGAGGGGUGAGUGUAAUAUCCCAAAUUUUCGUGAAUAUUUAAGUGUAAGUUAAGGACUUGAUUGUGAGAAAAGAUUGUUUUGGGGCCUAAUGUGAAUAUUUCAAAAGUUGAGGGACUUAAAGAGGAAAAGAUUUUGGAUAUGGAUGACUUCUUUUCUUUUCCUUUUUCUUUCUUUCUUUUCUUCCCAGCCAUUCCCGAUUCUGCUCUUCUUCUUCCCGCUGCAGCCACCCAAAGAAAAAAAAAGGGAAACCCAGCCAUGCCUUGGAAAAUUGGUAAGGAAGCUUGGUAUUUUCCCCUUCCUUUCUUGUUCUAGAACCCAUAAAGAACCCAGAAAUUUCCCCUGCCCCUGCUGGAAAACCGGAUCUGCUAUGCUCUGCUCCUCACCGCCGGCUGCUCUUGAUUGUGGGUGAUUUCUGGGCAUUUUUUUCGUUCCGUGAGCUUCCCCCUGCAGAUCCCGCCGGCCUUCCCCAAUCUGCUAGCUCCGGUUCCUUGCUUGUAAAUUCUGGUUUCCGAUCGUUCUGUCAGUUAGCACUGAGAUCGAGUGUUCGAUUUAUGUGAGUGAGAUAAGUAAAUUUAUGGUAAUGCCCGUACUGUUUUAAAAGCAUGUUUUGAUUUGUUUUUGAAGUGGUGGCGGGACUAAACCCGUUUUACACGAGCAUGAUUGAUUUGAAGUGAAAUGUUUAUGCUUUUCAUUAAAUUGAGCAUGCCUACUUGAGAUUUGAUUGAUUGUCCUGAUGAUCUGAAAGUGAUUAGUGAAUUAUGAAUUUUCUGUUAACCUUUGCCUGUUUUGUCUCCGAUAUGGUCAUGUUAUUCGUGUGCCCGCUAGUGGGAGGUUUAUAAACGCUAGCACAUGUCGACAUGUUACUGAUAGAACCGGUUCGUUUCUGUAACCCUGCUAGUGGGGGUUAUACACUAGUAAUUUCUGUAGCCUGUCAGUGGGAGGUUUAUAACACUGGCCGUGACCUAUAGAGGAGACGUCUAUUUCGUGCCCGUACUGUAUCUGUUUUCGUGAUUGAAGUGAAACCGAGGACGGGGAAACCACGGGAAGUGACGAGUUAGAAAGCUAGCCAUUUUGAGAUUGAUAGAGAUUUUAAAAAUAAAUCAUGAUCUUGUAAAUCAGAGUGUAUUUGGAGAUUUUAUGAUAUCAGAGCAAUUAUAGAAUUUGAUCUUCAGAUUUUGUGGUAUCAGAUUGUGAUAGGAAAAGUUCCGAGCCUUGUGCAUUUGUGGGACCCGUCUCAUGAGUGCACGGCGUCUGUCGCGCCUCGAAUUUGGGUUUU